AUGGCAGUUGGGAAUGGGAGACUUGAAUGGACAUUGAGGAAGAACAGAGACGUCUCCACGACUGGACUUGGAGAGAGGAAGAGUCAGCAACAACUCUGGAUUGGGCAUCCAUACCGGAGUGGUUGUGGUCCCGGGGCUUUGAAGUUCGUUGUGCAUCUUCCAACUGACGAGCUCCUCCGGCUGGAACAAUGCAUUCGAUUCUCACGGGAUGUGGAAGCCACAAAGAAGGGGAGCGGGGGCAAGAAGGCGCUGGGUAAGCACGGCAAAGGGGGAGGGGGCGUCGGGGAGCCAGGCAAGAAGAAGAGCAAGUCGGACUCCAGAGCCUCGGUGUUUUCCAACCUGCGGAUCAGGAAGAACCUGUCCAAGGGGAAAAGCGCCGGCGGCUCCCGCGAGGAUGUGCUGGACUCUCAGGCCCUGCAGACCGGGGAGCUGGACAGCGCUCAUUCCCUGGUCACCAAGACCCCGGACCUCAGCCUCUCUGCUGAUGAGACGGGCCUGUCGGAUACCGAGUGUGCGGACCCCUUUGAGGUGACCCGUUCAGGUGGUUCUGGGCCAGCUGAGGCUGGGGUCGGGAGCCAGGCGGUCGCUCAGGAUUUGGAAACUGCAGCAGGGGCGCAGGAUGGACCAAGGACCAGUUCGGGCUCGGACACGGACAUCUAUAGUUUUCACUCUGCCGCGGAGCAGGAGGAUUUGCUUUCAGACAUUCAGCAGGCGAUCCGCCUGCAGCAGCAGCAGCAGCAGCUCCAGCAGCAGCAGCUCCAGGGCUGCGAGGAGCCUGCAGCGCCCCCCACUGUCGCGUCCCCUCAGCUCGGGGCCUUUCUGGGCCUUGACCGGUUCCUGUUGGGGCCGAGUGGCGGGACUGGGGAGGCCCCCGCCAGUCAGGACACAGAGCAGGCGCUGUCCGCGCUCUCCGACCUACCCGAGAGCCUGGCCCCCGAGCCCCGGGUGCCCCAACAGCCGUCCUCUCCAAGCAGCCGUCUGGCCUCUGAGGCGCCUGGCCUCCUCGCGGCCCAGCCGGAGACUGUAGACUCGUCCUCACCUGAGGCCUUCGCAUUUCCUGUGGCCGGGCCAGGGGAGGGCGCGGUUGGACCCCCCGAUGGAGGGACUGGGGACACGGAUGAGGAGGGUGAGGAGGAUGCUUUUGAGGAUGCCCCUCGGGGCUCUCCAGGGGAGGAGUGGGGCCCGGAGGUGGGAGAAGCCUCGCAAAGGCUGGGAGCAGAAGCAGAGGAGGGGGCACCAGGGACUGCCACCCCCACGGCCACCUCUCUGCCCGGGAGUCCCGCACCCAGCCCGCGCUGCUUCAAGCCCUACCCGCUCAUCACCCCCUGCUACAUCAAGACCACCACCCGGCAGCUCAGCUCGCCCAACCACUCCCCGUCUCAGUCCCCCAGCCAGAGCCCCAGGAUUAAGAGGCGGCUGGAGCCCUCCCUCAGCCGGGGAUCCAGAACUGCUGUGACCUCUGCGGCUGUUCAGGCCAAGAAGCACCGGGCGGACAGCGGCCUGGCGGGCGGCCUGAGCCGCUCCGCAGACUGGACCGAGGAGCGCGCGCCCCUGGCUGGGGGCGCGCCGCACCUGCUGGAGCGUGGAGUGGCCGCGGACAGCGGCGGCGGGGCACCCCUGGCACUGACCGCUAAGCCGGCGGAUGGCUUCCAGAACGUGUUCACAGGGCGAACUCUGUUGGAGAAGUUGUUCAGCCAGCAGGAGAACGGGCCUCCCGAGGAAGCAGAGAAAUUUUGCUCCCGGAUCAUUGCCAUGGGUCUUCUGCUUCCUUUUAGUGACUGCUUCAGGGAACCAUGUCAUCAGAAUGCUCAGUCAAGUUCAGCUCCAUUUGAUCAAGAUCAACUUUAUACUUGGGCUGCAGUUAGUCAACCCACCCACUCGCUGGAUUACACAGAAGGGCAGUUUCCCAGGAGAGUCCCAUCUGCGUGGUCACCAUCUAAACCUCUCGAUGAAGAACACAAGCCCAAGGAUGCUGAAACAGAAUCUCAAGCUGCUGUUUCGGAAACUGCAGAAAAACGUUCAGAUGAUGUCCAGCAGGAAGUUUUUGACAUGAAGUCUGAGGGACAGGCAACUGUGAUUCAACAGCUGGAACAGACUAUUGAGAAUCUGAGGACCAAAAUAGCUGAACUAGAGAAGCAGUACCCUGCCGUGGACAUGGAAGUGACCAGUGGCCGCCACAGGGUUGAGAAUGGAGUGAUGGCCUCAGAAAAUGUCUGUCUGGAAGCUCUCAGGUUAGGAGAAAAGGAUGUACAGCAUCAAAGGACUUUACAGGCAAAAUCCAUACAGACUUCCCCGACAGAAGAGGGCGGGGUACUGACGCUGCCUUCUGUGAGUGCACUGCCAGAGGGUGCUCCUCGCCCACCUGGGAUGGAACACGGAGAGUCAGCUGUUCCAGCCUCACCUUCUGGGCCUCAGACAAAGUUCUGUUCAGAGAUUUCUCUGAUUGUGUCUCCAAGGCGGAUAUCAGUCCAGCUUGAUGCCCAUCAGUCCACACAAAGUGGACAGCCACCACCACCUCCAUCCCUUCCACAGUCUGAUGGUCAACAGCCUGGGUCACAAACGUCCCAUUCUCUUCAAACUGAAUAUGAAACCAGCCAUGAACAUUCUGUUUUCUCCUCUUUUGGAAACAGCUGCAACAUCCCUCCCCCACCGCCUCUGCCUUGCACAGAGUCCUCUAGCUCCAUGUCUGUCUCAGGCGGGGUGACUCUCCCCCCUCCUCCUCUCCCUGGCAUGACAGUGCCUGCUCUGCCGAGCACAGCAAUUCCCCCUCCUCCUCCUCUGCCGGGUACAGAAAUGCUGCCACCUCCUCCCCCUCCUCUUCCUGGAGUGGGAAUACCUCCUCCUCCCCCUCUUCCCGGCGUGGGAAUACCGCCUCCUCCCCCUCUUCCCGGCGUGGGAAUACCUCCUCCUCCCCCUCUUCCUGGAGUGGGAAUACCUCCUCCCCCACCUCUUCCUGGAGUGGGGAUUCCUCCUCCCCCACCUCUACCUGGUAUGGGAAUACCUCCUCCCCCUCCUCUACCUGGUAUGGGAAUACCUCCUCCUCCUCCUCUACCUGGAGUUGGGAUUCCCCCUCCUCCCCCUCCUCUGCCUGGUGCUGGGAUUCCCCCACCUCCGCCUUUGCCAGGUAUGGGGAUACUACCUGCACCAGCUCCCCCUCCACUUCCCCCUGGAACAGGAAUCCCUCCACCCCCACCACCGCCUUUGCUCCCUGGAUCAGGCCCUUCACUCGCCCCACAAGUUGGGAGUAGCACUUUACCAACACCACAAGUGUGUGGAUUUCUUCCUCCUCCAUUGCCAACUGGCUUGUUUGGAUUCGGGAUGCAUCAAGACAAAGAAAGUAGGAAGCAGCCAAUAGAGCCUUGCCGGCCAAUGAAGCCUCUUUAUUGGACAAGAAUUCAGCUGCAUAGUAGAAGAGACCACAGCGCUUCACUUAUUUGGGAAAAAAUUGAAGAGCCAUCCAUAGACUGUCAUGAAUUUGAAGAACUAUUUUCUAAAACUGCAGUCAAGGAGAGGAAAAAACCUAUUUCUGACACCAUCUCAAAAACAAAGGCUAAACAAGUUGUCAAGUUAUUAAGCAACAAAAGAUCGCAAGCGGUUGGGAUAUUAAUGUCUAGUCUUCAUUUAGAUAUGAAAGACAUACAGCAUGCUGUUGUGAACUUGGACAAUUCUGUGGUUGACUUGGAGACCCUUCAAGCUCUCUAUGAGAAUAGAGCACAGUCAGAUGAACUGGAAAAAAUCGAAAAGCACGGCCGGUCCUCCAAAGACAAGGAAAACGCCAAAUCUCUGGACAAACCUGAGCAGUUCCUUUAUGAACUGUCACUAAUCCCCAACUUUUCAGAGCGAGUCUUUUGCAUCCUGUUCCAGUCCACGUUUUCAGAAAGCAUUUGCUCAAUUCGUCGCAAACUGGAGUUGCUACAGAAAUUGUGUGAGACAUUAAAAAAUGGCCCAGGGGUUAUGCAAGUUCUGGGUUUAGUUCUUGCCUUCGGUAACUACAUGAAUGGUGGGCAUAAGACCCGGGGACAGGCAGAUGGCUUUGGGUUAGAUAUUCUUCCAAAGCUGAAAGAUGUCAAAAGCAGUGACAAUAGCAGAAGCCUUUUGUCAUAUAUUGUUUCAUAUUAUCUUCGGAAUUUUGAUGAGGAUGCUGGAAAAGAACAGUGUGUCUUUCCACUGCCAGAACCUCAGGACCUUUUUCAGGCCUCACAAAUGAAGUUUGAAGAUUUUCAAAAAGAUCUCAGAAAACUGAAGAAAGACUUGAAAGCCUGUGAAGUUGAAGCGGGGAAAGUAUACCAGGUCUCCUCAAAGGAGCACAUGCAACCUUUCAAAGAGAACAUGGAACAAUUUAUUAUUCAAGCUAAAAUUGAUCAAGAAGCAGAAGAGAAUUCACUGACAGAGACUCAUAAAUGCUUUUUGGAGACGACAGCCUAUUUCUUCAUGAAACCAAAACUUGGAGAGAAGGAGGUAUCCCCAAAUGUUUUCUUCACUCUCUGGCAUGAAUUCAGCUCUGACUUUAAAGACUUUUGGAAGAAAGAGAACAAACUUAUUCUACAAGAGAGGGUAAAAGAAGCUGAAGAGGUGUGUAGGCAGAAAAAGGGAAAAUCACUUUAUAAAAUAAAACCAAGACAUGACUCUGGAAUUGUAAGUAUUUAA